AUGAACUCCAAGGCUAAACGGAAGGCCUUCUACCGGCGGUGUGCCGUAGGCGAACGACGGGCAAAGCAGCGCCGAAUGGAGGCCGCUGGAGAGAUACCAGAGUCUCCUCUUCCUCGUCGCUACAUUGAACCCGGAAUGACUGGCGUACUGGUCACUUACAAUAAUCGAGAAGACCACCUAGCGCGCGCGGAUGCCUAUCGUCUUCUAAAUGAGGCCCAUGAACGUUUAAUGUGUACUUCCAAUCAAGCAUCUCCUAAAACCCCUAAAAACGCUGAAGUUCCUGUACCUCCAGCUUCCGAACAUAAUGUAAAAAAUGAAGAGGAUGCUGACCAUGAUGCUGAUGACGACGAUGUGGUUUCCUCCCUUCGCAAAGAACUCGUAUCCGAACAAAAGCGAUUACGAGAUCCCUCCAAGUUCCUCUUUCAUGCUGUCAAGACUGGCGUGGCAAACUGCCUCUUUGUUCUCAACCAAUCUAAUAACUGCUCCUCUGCCCAACUCGUUCACGAAGUAUUUCGCCACGUCCUUGCCUCAGGCCAGGCUAACUCACGUCGCAUCCUGCGUUUCCAACCAGUGGCAGCCACAUGCCGACCGGAAGUAACAGAUCUCAAAAAUCUCGUUCGUCAUGUUUGGUGCGACUGGCUGCACUUGCCCACUGAGCACCCCACUUCGGACUGUCGCGUCCACGCGGAUGUCCCACCCCAACGUAUGGCGUUUGUAGCUCGACCGCCGGAGGUUUCGGAUGGUGAUGACCUCGGGGAGAGGCGUUCUGUCAAACCGUUCACCUUCACCGUGAACUUCAAGUCCCGCAGUUCCGAUCGUCUGUCCAAACCGGACGCUGUGGCAGCUGUGAUUGCCGCCAUUUCUGAGGUCUCGCCGGAUUGGUCUCCAGUGUGUGCUGCCGCCGAUGUUGUAGUCAGCGUGGAUGUAAUUCGCAAUGUGGCGUGUUUGAGCCUCUUGGAGAAGUUUACGGAAUUUUGGAAGUAUAACCUUUACGAAUUGUCUCCGGUGACUUGA